AUGGCUCGUGUUAAGGCAACGGAGUCAUCAAGAACGCAAACUUGUGGAGGAACAAUUAUUGAAAAUCAUUGGCUUCUGACUUCUGCUUCUUGUUGCGAGGACGUCGAUUCUAUCCAAGCGACGUUUAACGAUGUUCAUCGUUCAAAGAACGAAGCUGGCGAGUUCACGAUGAACGCCGAUCACUUCGAAAUUCAUCCCAGCUAUGGACAAGGAUUUGACCUUUGCUUGGUAUAUUUCGAAGAGAAUAUUAUCGGAAAUGGUCAAAAUUCCGGCGCCGAAGUUGUUUGCUUGUCAGACACGCUACCUAUCCAUGGUUCAGCGUGCUGGAUUGCUGGAUGGGGAAGAAAAGAUAAUGGAUACUUUUCAUGGAAGCUUAGAGAAGCAACGGUCAAUAUUUUUGACAGAAAUUAUUGCAAAGAAUUUUCAAAUUAUAACGAAUUAUAUGAAGACGACAUUUGCGCUGGAGUUCCGGAUAGAGACGGAAAUGGACUGAUCGAUGGCGGAGUCGACGCUUGCGAUGGAGACUCGGGUGGUCCGUUGAUUUGUGACUUUGACGGUCGAGCAACACUCGUUGGCGUCAUUUCACGAGGAAACGGCUGUGCGCUUGAAGGAUAUCCAGGAAUAUACUCUUCGAUCGCACAUUCCUACAGUUGGAUUCAAGAAAUUGUUGGAGCUGAAAAAAUAGAAGAUUUCGAGGACGAAGAGCCCCAGUCUGAAUUUCAAAGUCUGUCGAACAUCAUUGUUCCGAAUCUACAAACUUGUUCUCAUGCUGAAAACUUUCCCGAGGAACGCUUUUUCUGGACAAAUCGAAUCGUUGGGGGUUCUUUAGCGGAGGAAAAUCAAUGGCCAUAUAUUGUUCGACUCGAUGUUCGCUGGGGGAGCUGGGCAAGCUACACAUGCGGCGGGACUGUAGUUGACAAUCAUUGGGUUGUCAGCGCUGCUCAUUGUUGUGUUGGAAUGAGAACAAUUUAUGGUACCUUCAGCGACCUGAGAACGAACAGAAAUGAGGAAAACGAGUACACUUUAGAAGCUGAUCAUUUUCUUGUUCAACCAAAGUACGGCAAUGGAAACAACGGAUACGAUAUUUGCAUGAUCCACUUUAGCGAAGAUAUUAUCGCUACAGAUCCAGACCAAGAUGUGAAAAUGGCAUGCAUAAACGAUGCUCUCCCUGCUCACGGAUCGUCUUGCUGGGUCGCUGGGUGGGGCACAACACAAUUCUACGGCCAGCUUUCAGACAAGCUUCUCCAAGCAGGUGUUAACAUUAUGGAUAGGGAAUACUGUAUUCAAAAUUCACACGAAAUGAUUCUUUUCGAAGACGAUAUUUGUGCUGGAGUUCCGGAUCGAGAUUUAAACGGUUUAAUCGAUGGAGGAAUUGACGCUUGUCAAGGUGAUUCCGGAGGGCCACUUAUCUGCGCGAUUGACGGGAAGGCAACGCUAGCAGGGGUCGUUUCUCGAGGAUAUGGUUGUGCUGACGAAGGGUAUCCUGGACUUUACUCGUCGAUCGCACAUUCAUACGACUGGAUCCAAGAACUUGUCAGGAGUGGACCGCCCUCAUCAUCCGCCCCUUCGCCCCCUUCGACCGAGAAUAACGAUGGCAGAAGUCAAAGCUCUGGCCCAGUGACCGAAUGUGAUUCGACAACCAUCACCAUCUCUGCUCAUAUCAACGACCUCUAUGGGAACUUGCCCGAGGAUCUGUGGGAUGAAGUCCGUUUGAUAGUCGGCACAUGCAACGGAACCCAACAACAUGAGUCUGGUUGGAUUAUCGAAACUUUUGAACUUGGUACUUGUGGCGGAGAAAUUUCACAAAAAGCUGACAUCACUUUUGAAUGGAGAGUAUGUGGUUCACGAUCACUAAUAAGUAGAGAUGGUGUUUAUGUUGCGUCAAAACUUGGUUUUGAUGCAAAAUGUGUGUAUCCUAGCACGACUACUGUCGGAACUCACGUUGACGUCCAACAGAUAAAAUAUUGCCAUGAUGAUUUACUUAUUGAAAAUGAUUGCGUUACUCCUGGAAAUGGAAGUUUUAGUGAUUUAGUUCAGCUAGAUUUCUAUAAAGACGAAGCUUAUCAAAGUGAAGCGGUUGAUUUGAAUAUAGGUGAAAUCAUCUACGGCCUGAUUUCUGAGAAUAAAACAAGCAGCUUCAACUUUAGUUAUCAGAUAACGAAAUGUACAACGUAUCAAAAUUCGAACAAAACUGGAGCCUCUUACGACCUUAUUUCAAGUCCAUGCCAAGAGACCGAUUCCUCUCAUUUCCUUGAAUUAGAUAUCACCGAUCUAACUGGCAAAAACUCGGAUUCAGAAGACAAUGCUUCCUUCCACUUCAAUACUUUUACUUUCAACGAAAAUGAUGAUGAACUUCAUUUCGAGUGCGAACUCAAAGUCUGCAUCGAAGACUUCGAAACCGGCGAUCUCAUAGAUCAAAAUUGCAUCGAAACAUGCUCUUAG